CAAUUGUUUGACUAAACAAAAAAAGUAAAGGAGAGAGAUACGAGACAAAGAGUAGUUUUUAGUGUUUGUGCACUAUUGACUACGUAUUUGAUCAUUUUUCAUUUUAAUAUACAUUGUAGGUUUUAGAAAAAAUGAGCAAUUGUUAUCAAGUUGAUGUGUGGAAAGGCGAUUGGAAUUUGCCUUCUAUUGAUGUUGAUUGUUUGAAGGUUUUGACUUUUGCCAAGUUUCAUAAUAUUUCAUUAACUGUCAUAACAAAAAAUAACCCAUUUAAGACGCCAAAUGGGUACUUACCUGUAUUAACAUUUAAAAAAAAUACAUUUUCUACAGUGGAUGAAAUAUUAAAUGUUACACAUAAAAAUUGUACAGAUUGUAAGAGUUCACCAGAAUGUCCAGAGACAGUUGCAUAUAAUAUCAUGCUUGAAGAUUGUUUGAAUCCUGCGCUUCAAUACUUGUGGUGGAUAGAUCAACAAAAUUUAAAUGAAGUAAUAAGGCCUUGGUAUUGCGAAGCAUUACCAUUUCCAUGUAAUUAUUAUUAUCCUGGUAAAUAUGAAAAGAAUGCAAAAUGCUUGAUUGAAUCGUUGUAUCCAACAGAGGAAUCAGAAGAUAUAGAAGCAUUAAUAUACACCAAAGCUAAAGAAUGUAUAAAAACUUUAUCAAUGAAACUUGGCGAAUCACAAUAUUUCUUUGGAACAAAACCUACAAAAUUAGAUGCAUUAGUAUUUUCUUACCUCGCACCACUUUUAAAAGUACCAUUAUCUAAUUGUUCUUUGCAAAACUGUUUAAAAAAGCGUGAGAAUCUAGUAGGUUUUAUCACUCGGAUACUAGAUUUAUAUUUUCAAAAUAAAGUGGAGAACAAUGAAAAGAAUGUGAAUCAUGAUAAAACCAAGAAAUUAAUUUCAGAUACUCAAUAUAUUGAUAAAAGAAACCAGAUUUUUACAGGAAUUUUUGCAGGAAUUUUUGCAACGGGUGCUAUGGUUGGCUUUGCAUUAUCAAAAGGAAUUAUGCAGAUUCAAACUAAUGAUUACAAUUAUUCGAGUAAUUAUCAUGAUUAUGAUAAUAUAGAAGAUUACGAUGAAUAGGAUCUUUUAGUAAUGUGUUUUGUUUUAACAAAUUUUAGGUAAAAAAAUUAAUUAACGAAUAUCCGUAAAUUUGU